CUGUCAAUCAUCAACCUUCAUGACGAAAGCGGGACAUUCCUAGCGCCAAUUCACCCCGCUUCAUCCAUAAUGCAGCUCUACGAGGGACAUUCAAUCUAUCGUCACUACUACUGAGUAAAUUAUGAUAAAAGCCACAUCUCCAGCCUCGAGAAAAGUUAUUCCUCUUCUUACAUCACUCUUCCACACUUUCCCUCCCAAUUGUAUAUGUCUAUAGCUCUGACCAGACUCCGAGCUCUUUCAUCCCAAAUCCCAAGAAUUACAUCUAUUCACUCCACCACUAGACCUUUUUCUUCCACAAUGUCCACAAAAGACUCCAUCCUCAACUGGGUGAAGCCCGGCGACAACUCUGGCGAGUUCAAGCGUCAAGUCUCCGUCUUCCGCAACUGGAUCGAGAACAAGCCGGACGCCGAGUUCCCAGCUGAAAAGGGCCGCUACCACCUCUACGUCUCCUACGCCUGCCCAUGGGCGCACCGAACGCUCCUCGUCCGCCAGCUCAAGGGCCUCGAAGAAAUCAUCCCCUACACAUCCGUCCACUGGCACCUGGGCGAGAAGGGAUGGCGCUUCUCGACCCCUGACGAGAAGCUUCCCGGCGAGAACGUGACCCCCGACCCUCUUCACCCCAACUUCACGCACCUCCGCGACAUCUACUUCGAGCAGAACCCCGACUACGAGGGCCGCUUCACCGUGCCCACCCUGUACGACAAGAAGCAGAACCGCAUCGUGAGCAACGAGAGCAGCGAGAUCAUCCGCAUGUUCUACACGGCGUUCGACGACAUCAUCGCAGACGAGUACAAGAAGGUCGAGCUUCUGCCCAAGAACCUCGAGAAGGAGAUCGACGCGCUCAACGAGUGGGUCUACAACGACAUCAACAACGGCGUCUACCGCUCCGGUUUCGCUACCUCCGAAGAAGCCUACACAACCGCCGUAACCACCCUCUUCUCCUCCCUCCAAAAGAUCGAAUCCCACCUCGCCUCCUCCACCACCCCGUACCUCCUCUCCGCGCCCGCCCCCACCGAAGCCGACGUCCGCCUCUACACCACCAUCAUCCGCUUCGACCCCGUCUACGUCCAGCACUUCAAGUGCAACAUCCGGGACAUCCGGUCCGGGUUCCCGCACAUCCACCGCUGGGUCCGCCACCUCUACUGGGACAUCCCCGCGUUCAAGGACACCACGCAGUUCGAGCACAUCAAGCUGCAUUAUACGAAGAGCCAUCGCCAGAUUAAUCCGUUUAGUAUCCCGCCUGUGGGACCCGUGCCGGAUAUUCUGGGGAAGGAGGAGGAGGUUGAGGCUGUUAAGGCGGCGCUUGCGGCGCUGAGGAAGUAAGGGGGUAUGCAACUUCUUUAUCACGGCCUUUUUCUUUUCUAGGGGCGAAAUGAAAGUCGGGUGAAGCAAAACUGGAAGGAAUAACAGAGAAGUUUCUGAUCUGGUGGAUAUGAAUCUAUUUAUUGUAUAUAACAUAACAUUUACCACGAAAUAAACGGCCGCCGUUUCUAUUUCAAAAAGAACAUGAAUUCAAACAAAAGUAAAG